AUGAAUCAAGUCACCACCGGCCGCUUGUUCCUCCUGUUCAUCCAACGCCUAGCCGUCCUCGAGGGAGUCCUCGCCACUCUCAUGAACAAAUACAUCAUGCAAUCCUUCCUGAGCUUCUUCCCGCAGGUAUCGGAAGAUAGUCCCAAGGACAGGGAUACAGCUGACGCUGACCGCACAGCAGACGACUGGUUCGAUCUUUGCGAACCGGAACCCAUCUCCGACGAGCCCGAAUCAGCAUCCACGUUUGCUGACAGCUUCUUAGACGGAGACCGCCUAGAGCGUCUCAUGGAGAUCGACGACGUCGACGAGAUCUGGUACGAAUCAAAGACCCACGUGCGCUUCGUCUCGGAGCCGCCUCGAACGUUUGAAUCAAAGAGCCACGUGCAGCUCGUCUCGGAGCCGCCACGCUCGGAGCCUUCCCUCGCCGCGCCAAACAAACCACUGCCCGCAUUGCCAGUGGCGCCUCAAUCGACGGCCCAGCGCCAGGCAGCCAUGCCUUUCCAGCCACGGAACCUCAGCAUGUUCGACUCUGUAUUUCGCAAGCGAUCGCUCUCAUGGCAUCAGGCCAACGGCUACAUGGCCCCUCCAAAGCUAGCACCGAUCACCUGGGAAACCUCAGUAGACGAUGAAGUGUGCAUUGAAGGCAGGGGGCCGUUCUGGGAAGGUAAGGGCAUCAACUCCAAUAUCCAGGGGUACAAAAAUAGCCAAGCCGAGAGCGCUGCACUUCUGGACCCUCCCGCAAUCAAGGAAAGGAGUGCAGCCUGGGAGGCAGAACUCAAACUAUUCAGUAAGUCACAUGAGACCAGGCAUGCGGAUGACGAGAUCACACUGCUUGAGAAGAAGCUUAAAUGGGCUGAAGCUGAGGCUGAGAUGUACCGCGACCAUGUUAAAAACGCUGACCUGGAUGUCAAGGACAUGGAGGAGCAGUUGCAGCAGGAACACACCGAUCUGUUGGCUUGCCGCGAGCGUAUCGCGCGACUCGAGAAGAAGGUCAAACGCGUCGAAGCUGAGGCUGACAUGUACUACGACCAGGUUAUCACCGCUGACCAGGAUCUCAAGCACAUGAAGGAGCAGUUGCAGCAGGAACACAUCGACCUGUCAGCUUGCCGCGAACGUAUCGAGUACUUUGAGAUAGUGCAGGGGCAGUGGAAGAAAGACCACGCCGAGCUGAUGGAAGCCCGGGUGGAUAUGAAGCAGCUCAAGCGGGAUCUGUGGGUGAGUAACGAGCGCAUCGCGAACUUUGAAGAACGGAGCCAGCAGCGGAAGAAAGAUUACGCUGAGCUCAAGGAAUUCAGGCAGCAUAUCCAGGACCUCGAAGAGGAAAACCGGGAACUGCGAACUUGUCACGACCGUAUUGCGAUCAUUGAAGACUUGCAAGACGAGUGGAAGAAGGAUUGCGCCGAACUGUCAGUUUCCCGCGAGCGCAUUGCGGACUUCGAAAAGCGUCAAGAGCAGUGGGUACAAGACCACGCUGAGCUAGAAAAGGCCCGUGAGUAUAUCAAGGAGCUCGAAGCAAAGGCGACUGGGUCCAAGUGCUUGGAAAAGCGCAAGUUCCAGCUUGAGAUUCCCCCGCGCACCGCACGAUCCAAGUUUAACGACAAAGAUUAUGCCCGGCGGCGGGGUUCGUAUGAUGAGUUCUGGGCGAUCCAGCAACCACGUUGA